AUGGCCUCGGCGGAGUCGUUGGCGCAGCUACAAAUUUUGCAGCGCCAGUACCUCCAGCUGGUAGAUCCAUUACAGUUGAGAUGGCCAGAUGCACAGGUCUUGAAGAGCCCUGAAGUGCAGUCCUGGAUGUUCCUGCACAUGUUUGAUGAGGGCAGCGUCAAAUCACCUCCACCAGAACGUUACCAGCUCAGAGUCCUGAAGCUUCUCAUUGCUAAGCUAGAGCGGUCGAUCGUCGACCCAGAGGAGGAUGAGAUUUCAGAUGACCUCAUGUCUGCAAUGGCAACGUUACUCACGUCCAACGUACCCUCCGAGGCCGACUCCGCUCAACAAAAGGCCUUCGUGACAUACUCGUAUCCACUCCACUCAGCUGACGACAGCACCUCGGAAGAGCAGGCAGUCACACUUCUCGAAGCUCGAUCUGUCAUCUCAGGGUCCGGCACGACCGGACUCAGAACCUGGGAAGCAGCGUUGUUACUAGGGUCGUAUCUGACCACCGAUGAUGGCCGAAGAAUGAUCAAGGGAAAGAGGGUGUUCGAGUUGGGUGCGGGCACCGGCGUCAUCUCUAUUCUUUGCGCAAAGCACCUUGGGGCGUCUGGCGUUGUUGCUACCGAUGGUGAUGAGGCUGUUGUCGACGCCAUCAAAACCAACCUGUUCCUCAACGGACUGGAUGUUGAUAGUCUGGAGGGGUGUCAAGUUCGAACAGCAGCCCUCAAAUGGGGUUGGCCAGUCGAUGCAAUGGCAUUCUCUGAGGACUAUGGAAUGGAAGUGCCGAAUGUCCUGCUCGGUGCAGACGUCACCUAUGAUAAGACCGUCAUUCCACGCCUAGUGUCCACGAUGAACGAGUUUCUUGACUUGAAUUCAGCUCUUGAGAUUCUGAUCUCGGCAACGAUUCGCAACGAGGCUACAUUCGAGACCUUUCUGAACGCGUGUAGGCGGAAUGGUUUCAGGUUUGAACAACUCGGCUUCCCGCCAAUACCAGAGCCUGAACAGGCAGGACCCUUUUAUCCAACGUCAACACCGAUCCAAAUAUGGCGAAUCACCAAAUCCGAGGCAGCUCGUAAUGACCCAUUCGCUGUCUGA